UAGAACUUUUGCGCGUAGCUUUUCGGUCGUGUGCUUUGAAAACAGUUGGUGAGCUGCUUUCAAGACAAACGGACGUAACACGAAGCGUAGCUGAGAACCUAAAAGCAACAGCUUGCUAAUAAUACAAUAGCAUAAGCAGCAUCAGCAGCAACAACAGCACAAUAUAAACUAAACUAUAGUAAAAUUUAUUUAAUUUCGCGCCGCCUGGUAACAACAAAAGUUUUUCGCGUGUGUCUUCGAAAGCAAAAGUUAUGUGAUAAGCAAAAAGCAUAAGUGUAUUUGUGUGUAUGUGCGUGAACGUCUGUGCGCUCCUCUCGCAGUACUAUUAUCCUGCGUGCGUGCGUGUGCGCGUGUGUGUCUAACUGCGCAGGACGUGCACCAGUGAAAGCUGCUUAUCAGCGUGUGUAGCUGCUGCCCGCAGCAGCCUGUUUUGUUUUUGUGGCUACCAUCAAGGUCAAGCAAGCAGCUGGCAAAGGAUUGAAACGAAAACAAACUAAGUGCAAAAAUUACUUUUAUGUUGAAAUAGAUAGCACAGAUAGAUUUUAUAUAAAAUAAAUAUUUUUUUAUUAAACUCGACAAAAAUACAACAAAAGCUCACAGCAAGAUGUCUUCCAUGGCUGCAUUUGAUCAAAUCAAAAUUGGUCUCAAAAUGGUCGACUUCAAGGUACAACAGCGUCGUUACCGCACUAGCGAGAAGACCGUUGUCAGCACCACAUAUGGUCCCAUUAAGGGAGUGAAGCGAAAGUCGAUAUAUGGCCAAUCGUAUUUCAGCUUCGAGCGCAUACCCUUUGCCAAGCCGCCCGUCGGGGAAUUGCGGUACAGGGCGCCGCAGCCGCCAGAGAUUUGGACCGAGGUCAAGAGCUGCACGUCGCAGGGUCCAAAGCCGCUACAGAAACAUUUUGUAUUCGAGAUGACGGAUGGCUCCGAGGACUGUCUCUACCUCAAUGUGUAUACGAAGAAUUUAUAUCCCGUUAAGCCUAUGCCUGUGAUGGUCUGGAUCUACGGCGGUGGCUUUCAGUUUGGCGAAGCCUCCCGCGAAUGCUACAGUCCGGACUAUUUGCUGCGGGAGGAUGUAGUCGUAAUAUCCAUCAACUAUCGCCUGGGACCACUGGGCUUCUUGUGCCUGCAAGACCCCGAAUUCGAUGUGCCUGGUAAUGCGGGCCUCAAGGAUCAAGUUUUGGCGCUGCGUUGGGUUAAGGCCAAUUGCUCGCGCUUUGGCGGCGACUCGAAUAACAUAACGAUCUUUGGUGAUAGCGCGGGCAGUGCUUCGGUGCACUACAUGAUGAUCACGGAGCAGACGCGUGGACUUUUCCACAAGGCCAUCUGCAUGUCGGGAAAUACUCUCUCACCCUGGGCCGUGACACCACAGCGCAAUUUUCCCUACCGGCUGGCCGUGCAGGCGGGCUACACGGGCGAGAAUACGGAACUUGAGGUCUGGGAGUUUUUGAAGAAUGCCAAGGGCUCAGACAUAAUCAAGGCCAAUGGCGAGCUCUGCAUCGACGAAGAGAAGAAGGAGCGUAUCGGCUUCUCCUUUGGCCCCGUCAUCGAGCCCUAUGUGACCAGCCACUGUGUGGUGCCCACCAAGCCCAUUAUCAUGAUGCGCACUGCCUGGAGCAAUAGCAUACCCCUUAUCAUCGGAGGCGUCUCGAACGAGGGUCUGCUGCUCUACUCCGAAACCAAAACGAAUCCCAAGUGUCUCAACGAGCUCGGCGACUGUCGCUAUGUGGUGCCCAUCGAGCUGAACAUGGAUCGGGACAGUGAACUCUGCAAGGACUACGGCGAGCAGCUGCGCCAGUGUUACUACGGCGAUAAGACGCCCAGUCUGGACACGCUGCACGAGUAUCUGCAGAUGGUCUCGCACGAGUAUUUCUGGUUCCCCAUCUAUCGGACAGUAUUGUCGCGCUUGGAGCACGCGUCGAGCGCACCCACCUAUCUGUACCGCUUCGAUUUCGACUCGAAGCACUUUAAUCAUCUGCGCAUACUCAGCUGCGGCAAGAAGGUGCGUGGCACCUGCCAUGGCGACGACCUGUCCUAUCUCUUUUACAAUUCGCUGGCGCGCAAGCUGAAGAAUCAUACGAGGGAAUAUAAAUGCAUAGAGCGUCUGGUGGGCUUGUGGACGCACUUUGCCACCUAUGCUAAUCCCAACUACGAUCCUGAGCAGCCGGAGCUGUGGCAGCCGGUGUCGGCCAGUGCACUCGAUAAGCAUCAGCUGAAGUGCCUUAAUAUAUCUGAUGAUCUGAAGAUAAUCGACGUGCCCGAGCUGCGCAAGUUAAUGGUCUGGGAGAGUUUCUUCCGGCGCGACGAGCUGCUGUGAAUACGGGAAUACGGAGGCCUUUGCCGGGGUCUCUACUUAGCAUUAGCAUUAGCAUUAGCUUUAUGUUGAAAACAAUGCAAAGCCUAGCUUUAAAGCCUAGAU